AUGAAGAGGUUUAUCCUGACUCCAUUCACAUUCCUACUGCUCAGAGGCUUGGUGAUUUCAGGAGAAGUCUAUUCAAGGAAAAUCAUCAUCACACAGAUCAUCAAUUUCAACUUCGAAAAGACCCGGAUUGAUUGGACUGUGACAGAUGACUUGGCUAGAGAGAAUUUAACCUUCCAAUACACGUUGGAUGGAGGAAGCACAUGGCAUUUAUGCCCCGAAUAUUUGUUUGAGCAGGGCUAUAAGGUCGGAUGUCUCUUUCAAGCUUCGGACGAAACCCUAGAGUUUUCCAUCCAUAGUGGAGACGAGUUACUUUAUGAGCAAACUCUGAUGACCAGCUCAUACAUAAAGCCCGACUCUCCCAAGAACCUGACUUUCACGUGGAAGGAAAGUACCGUUCGAAUAAAAUGUCCCAACCUGAACCUCGGUGACCUCUCGUACGAGAUUCAAUUCCGAAGCGUAUUCGAUGACGGAUGGCAGUCCCAAGAGGAGGAAGACUGUGAUAUUGAAGUCCAAGGACUGGAUCUGGGAAAAUGCUACACCUUCCGAGCCAGAGUGAGAGCCCAGGAGUUCGGCUACGGACCGGACACCUAUCCUAGCGACUGGACCUCUGAGGCCUUGUGGUGGAAUGGAAAGUCAGUAGAUUCCUGCUCAGUCAGUCCUCCGGCAAGAAACACCCUCUAUUUGAUUUCCGGGCUGGUCACCCUCAUGGUAACCUUCCUCCUCCUGCUUCUGGCUUUGUGGAAGUCACACAGAGUUAAGGAGCUAAUCGUGCCUAUCAUUCCGGAUCCAAAGUAUAUAUUCCCCGGCCUGUUUGAUGAUCACAGAGGCAACUUUCAGGAGUGGAUCAAAGAAACCGAGGAUCUGAUGAACCCCAUCAAUGCUGAAUGCGUGGAGGAGGCGUGUGUGAUCGAAGAGGAACUCACUGCGCGGCCUGGCCGGAGGGAGAACACGGUUCGUGACGUUUCGAGAUUUCAGGAGCUGCCACCCAUGGACGAACAGCCUAAAGACUCCUGCUUCCCACCUCCAGCCACGGAUCCUGUUACUUUUGGAAAUCUCAAGUUCGUUACCAAUGAAAACAUGUAUGUCGUGCUCUGACCCCCCGGCCCAAAUCAGGCUGAUUUGGAAAGGGAUCCAGCCGUGUCUAAAUGGGGAGAGGAAUCAGGGAAGAUGGAGUCGGGGAGAUUCGAGAUAUUCCGGACAUGCCGGCAGGGAGAUUUCCAAAAGCCACAAGGCCCAGUCUCUUGUCCAGAGACAGAGGUCCGCUUCACUGUCACCUCAGGUUGAAAU